AUGCAAUUUAUUUUCAUAAUUGCGGAACACACAUUUCCGGAACGUUGUUUUAGUUGACUACUGUACUCUGAUCGGAAACGCACUAGUAACACUUACUCAUUUUGACUGAGAGGAAAACGCAAAGGGAGGGUUAACUAUCGCAAAAAUCUGUCCGUAAUAAAUCCGAUGCGUUUAGGUCUGAAUCUGUUGCCUGCCUCGACAAAAUGUGAAAUAUUUCAGGACGGAGAUAGUACGAUCUCUUCAUUAUAUUCAUAUGUAUACUGUAUACAAAAUAACACGCUGUCAAACCGGGUACUGCAGCUAUAGGUGCUGGUGUUACUAGCUCCAACAAAGAGCAAACAUGGAAAACAUUAGGGUACUAGAAUUAUACAGCGGUAUCGGGGGAAUGCAUUAUGCAUUAACAGAGAGUGGUGUGGGCGCAGAAGUGGUAGCUGCAGUGGAUGUGAACACCACAGCCAAUGAGAUCUAUAAACACAACUUCCCCAACACGCCAUUACAUCCCAAGACCAUCGAGGGAAUGACAUUGGAUGAUUUCAACAAAUUGACUUUUGAUAUGAUCUUGAUGAGCCCUCCAUGCCAACCUUUCACCAGGAUUGGAUUACAAGGUGACAUAUCUGAUCCCCGAACCAAGAGCUUUCUCUACAUCCUCGAUCUUCUACCAAGGCUUAGUAAGUUGCCGCGCUUCAUUCUGCUGGAAAAUGUGAAAGGCUUUGAGACAUCCUCUGCCAGGGAGUCUAUGGUGAAAACACUAAUUGAAUGUGGCUACAACUACCAAGAGCUCUUGGUGUCACCUACAUGUCUGGGGAUGCCCAACUCCAGACUCCGGUAUUUUCUGAUUGCCAAAGCUCCACCAGGAUCAUUUUGCUUUCAGACUACUCCAGAGAUUCAUGAAGGUUUCCCUCUCCCUGCAGAGGAGGAUGUAUCAGGCCGCAGUUUCCCCGUCUCACACAGUUCCGCUUCAACCACCUGUCCAGAGGAAGAGCGGCGGGAGACCCAGGCGGAAGAUGCUGGUGUCUUGUACAAACUGGAGCGUAUCCAGGACGCGGAGAGGAAGAGCCGCCAGAACAGAGACGAGUCUGUCCGACAGAUCGGGGACUACCUGGAGAACCAUGGAGGAGAAGAGAUGGAGCAGUACCUGCUUUCCCAUAAGACCUUGCUGCGCUAUGCUCUGCUCAUGGACAUAGUCAGGCCCACCUGCCGGAGAUCUGUGUGCUUCACCAAAGGGUAUGGACAUUAUGUUGAGGGAACAGGCUCUGUGCUUCAGUCCUGUAUGGAAACAGAUAUGGAAUCGGCAUUUAGAUCUCUGGAGCUCCUGUCUGAUGAGGAGAAACUACAGCAGCUGUCCAGGUUGAAGCUCCGCUAUUUCACCCCGAGAGAGAUUGCCAACCUCAUGGGCUUCCCCAAGCACUUCACCUUCCCAAAGAACAUCUCCACCAAGCAACAGUACCGAGUCCUGGGGAAUAGCCUGAAUGUCCACGUGGUGGCCCGGCUCAUACAGCUCUUAGUCUCAUAGCCGAAAAGACAUUGAAAAGGACUGGUCCAGUUAAUAACUGUGUUAUUAACAGCAGACAGUUUGGCCUGAGGGACAUGUUCACUACUGUAUGAACUGAACAAACUGUUUAAAUGUGCUUCACCACAUGGAGUGGAGUAUUGGAGUCAGCCAGUGCCAAUGUCUUAGAUGUUUCCUUUCUGUUUGAAAAUGGCAACUUUAUUCAGAACCAUUUAUCAAAUUAAAUAAAACAUUUGUAAUCUUU